AAGAUGUUCUUCGUCCUCUGUAUCUCUGUCGUCCUCGGCUUUGCGGCGGGACAGUUACGAACCGAACCAGCUAAACAAUACUAUAGAGAGCUUGGCUGUACUGAGCUAGAAGGGGAAACAAACGCCUACAACUGCAGUUCCCUGGCUGAACUAAGUGAGACAAAAAAGUGUUUCCACAAUCACAAAUCAUAUAAAGUUAAAGAUGUGAUCAAAGGGGAUGACAUUGGCUAUCCUUGUGCUUAUGAAUGCAUCUGUCAGAAAGGUUACAAAUCCAAAAACGCUAACUGGCAAUGUGUACACAUCGAGUGUCCAGACCUCUUCAACCCACCAAAACCAGACUGCAUCAGGUUAUAUACACAUGAAAAAUGCUGUUCCGAAAAAACCUAUUGUCCUGCCACUGAUCCACCAAUGCCUCACACAUGUGAAUACAAGGGAGUAUCUUAUGUAGAAGGUCAAAAAUUUGUGGAUGGAUGCAAGAACUGUAUUUGCCAGAAAGGAUUUAAUGGAACAUUGGUUGAACCGUUUUGCAAACCAAUUACUUGUGAAUUUUAUCUACACUACAGUGAUUACAUUCAAGACGGCUGUGUUCCAACAUAUUAUGAACCCAAUGAUUGCUGCCCUGUCCCUAUUUGGAGAUGCCCCCAAGAAUCUGAUGUUGUCAUUACUCAGAAAAACAUUGAAGAUCAAUCAGGUUUGAAAUGCAAAUUUGGCAAUCUGGAAUUGGCUAUUGGAAAUAUGCUGUCGCCCUCGGAAGAAAAUAAGUGUGUAGAAUGUUCGUGCCAAGUUCCACCCCACCUGACAUGUCUCAUGAAUACAACAUGCUACUCACAACAUUAAAACAAUUAUAGAUAUAUUUAAUAAUGUCAAAACCUUCAUAUAGAUUAUAAUAGCUAGAGAAAAACAAAAAUAGUUUCUUAAAAAAGUACUUUAUUUUCUAACUACUCUGAUUUUUUAACUGUUGAAUAUGUUAGAUAUUUAAAUAUGUUUGAAUACAAAAAUACAGUUUCAAUAAAAAGACAAAUUUAGUUUAAUAGAUAACACCGAUAUUCUAAUAUAUAGGUUUUUAUGAAAUCAAAGUCUGUUUUUAAUAAUAAAACUUUUUCAUAAAGGUUUUUUUGUUCAUUAAACUUUUAUACUUCAAAAUCAAAAAUAAAAGUAUAAUUAUAAAUCUUAC